AACCAAUGUACACAUAAUUUCUCGGUAUUAUUCUAUUUUUCUCCUCAUCGAUUAAAUUGUUAUUUGUUUUUGCAAGGCAGAUUGUUAUAUUUUGUCUUUGACUUUCGUUCAUAAGGUUAUUGCGCACUACUUUGAAGGUUAUUUCGCAUUCAUUCGCAUAGAUUGCUUCGCACAAGUUCUUAAAAGCUCUUGGUGAUUGUCGUUCUGGUUUCAUUCUUUAUACCUUUAUUUUUGCUAGAUUUAGGUCAGCCUCUGCCUAUCAAUCACUCGUGGCUGGAGAGGUGGAGUCCAAAACGAAAGGCGCUGAGGAGUUCUCCUUCAGUAUUGAUAUCGAUGAAGAACGAGGCAGAUGAAUCGCAGCCAUGACCGGUGAAAUUGUACGCAGAAGUACGAGUUCGUCGUCAUGCGACAAUAUUUCAUCAUCAUCAUCGUCCUGUUCAAAUCCCCCACCAUCUGCGACACUGAUAGUGGACCCCGCACCUUCGACAAAUAAAGAGAAUCAUAGAGUGCGCUUCUCGGUGGAUGUAGAACGAGAGCGAGAACGAGGAGGUUUUGCUGAAUCUUCUGCUCUGAGACCUGCGACUCCGAUUUUGAGUAUCGAUACGAGGAUAGCGGCGGCGGAAACAGCUGCAAAUGGUACAUCGUCGACAUCAGGACAAGGGAGGAGGGUUCUAGGAAUUUCGCCAAUUUCGCCGAGGUCAAGGAACAGAGGGUAUUCGUUGAGACGGACAUUGUUCGCGCGGGGAUUGAGUAGUGAAUCAGAGCAGGAGACUAUCGAGCUUGCGGAAACAGAACAUCCGCAAAGUGGUGGGAAGAAGACGCAGAGUUCGGUGGAGGUAUGCCCGGUGCAUGAUCAAAUUGAGGAGGCACCGAAUGAGAAUAUCCAAUCUACGGAGUCGAAUAGAACAUUUAACCACAGUGAUCAGAAGACUUUUGGGACGAGGGAACUACACAAUUAUGAUCGCUUUGUGCGCAAGGUGAAGGGGAAUGAUUCUAUUAUCCGAAAAGCGAAGAAAAAGUCACAAUGGUUUUACAAGGAGAAGAUAUUAAAAGAUCUUCUCAGGCAAAGGGAAAUACCUCCUUCCAAAGAUGGACGGCAUAUUGAACUGGAUGCUACUCACCAGCAGGGAGCCUCCCUAAUUGAUGAGAGAACUGGAGUGCCAUAUAUCAGCAAUGCCAUUCGCUCUAGUCGAUAUACCAUAUGGAAUUUCAUACCAAAGCAGCUUUUCUUUCAAUUUUCAAAACUGGCAAAUGCAUAUUUCUUACUUGUUUCCAUUCUUCAAAUGGUACCUGGACUUUCACCUACGGGAAGUUAUACCACGAUUGCCCCGCUUCUAGUUUUCGUCAUGAUUAGUAUGGCGAAGGAGGGGUAUGAUGAUGUUCGGCGCUACAAGCUGGAUCAGGUCGAGAACAACAAUCAGACAUUGGUCUUACACGCAUACACACCUGUUGAUAUCAAUGAGAAGUCCCAUGUUAGAGCUAAAGGUACGCGGUCAAAUAGGGUCAAAAAGGGCUUAGGUAUCGAUUCACCUGAGACGGUACAUGAAACUGAUAUCGAAGCGACAGCUUCAGGGCCAAAGCAUUGGGCAACAUUGAAGUGGGAAAAUCUCAAAGUUGGUGAUAUCAUAAAACUUCAUCGGGAUGAAGCGGUACCAGCGGAUAUUCUCCUUUUACAUGCGGAUGGGCCAAACAAUAUCGCAUUCAUCGAGACCAUGGCGCUGGAUGGCGAGACAAAUUUGAAGACAAAAUCACCACCAAUUUCUUUAGUGGAAAAAUGCUCAACUGUGGAAAAACUGGUUGAUUGUCGUGCUCAUGCUGUUAUUGAAGAUCCUAACUUGGAUCUGUAUAAUUUUGACGGAAGAGUCACUGUUGAAGGCGAAACUCUACCACUCACGACCAACGAGAUUGUUUUCCGAGGAAGUGUUCUGAGGAAUACAUCUAAUGCCAUUGGUAUGGUGCUUAACACUGGUGAAGAGUGUAAAAUCAGAAUGAAUGCCAAUAAAAAUCCUCGAACUAAAGCACCCGAGAUGCAAAAGAUUGCAAAUAAUAUUGUCAUCAUUCUCGUUGUAUUCGUCGUUAUCCUCGCUUUAUUCUGUACCAUAGCUUACCAAAUAUGGUCUGGUAAUGUUGAGAGCAAUUCAUGGUAUUUAGAGGGAGCACAUUUUAAAUUCAGCUACUCCAUCGUUGCUUUUAUCAUUCUCUUUAAUACAUUAAUUCCACUCUCGCUUUAUGUUAGUUUGGAAAUUAUCAAGGUCGGGCAAUUACUUCUCAUGCAUGAUGUUGAGAUGUAUGAUCCGGUGUCGGACACUCCAAUGGUUUCAAAUACAUCUACAAUUCUUGAAAAUUUGGGCCAGAUUAGUUAUGUAUUUUCCGACAAGACGGGCACAUUGACUGAUAAUGUUAUGCGUUUUCGAAAGCUCAGUGUUGCUGGAUAUGCCUGGCUUCAUGACUUUGACUUGGUUCGAGAAGCGGCUAAGCUUAACCUAGAUGCAAAGAAGGAGGAUACAUCAAAGUCAAAACAUAAGGGCAAAGGAAUCGCUAGACGCUUUUCCAAGAAACGAGUACAUAAACCUCGUCCGGAGGAUGAUGAAUUAACAAGUCCAACUACCGAUAUUCCUAGGAGAUCUGGUUCUCUGUGGAGAUCAUCAGCACAACCUAAUCGCAUUCAACCCGAAUUUCGGACCGAAGAAAUGAUUCGCUAUAUGCAGAGUAAACCUCAUAGCAUAUUUACUAGGAAGGCUAAAUUCUUCCUUUUAUCCAUUGCACUUUGUCAUACAUGUCUUCCGGAAGUUCGAGAAAAUGGAGAUAUCGAAUUUCAAGCUGCCUCUCCGGAUGAGCUGGCUUUGGUACAAGCUGCUCAAGAACUUGGAUAUCUGGUCAUUGAUAGACCUGCACGUUCUAUCACCUUAACUGUUACGGGUGAAUCAGAGGAUACCACGGAGACUUAUGAAGUUCUUGAUGUAAUUGAAUUUUCAAGCAAGCGAAAGCGAAUGUCAAUUAUCGUCCGAUUUCCCAAUGGAAAGAUUUGCAUUUUCUGUAAAGGUGCAGAUUCUUCUAUUCUUCCACGCUUGAAACUUGCUCCACUGGCUAUGCAAAAAGUAUCGGAAGUUCAGAGGCGAGCAAGUACAAGGAAGAGUUUAGAGGCUGAAGAGGUACUACGAAGGAUGAGCGAAAGUAGUCCCAGAACCAGUUUUAGUCGACCUAGUAUGAAUCUUCCACGAUCAAGUAUGAGUCGUAAUCGGAAAAGUAUUGGUGGUGGGAGACCGAGUAUGGCAAGUACAAGAUUACAACCUAUACGAGAUGAACUUGAUUCUUGGUUGCGAGAAAGGGAAAGUGAUGUUGAAAUGCCAGAUUUGGAUGGAGCGGCUAAUGCUUAUAGAACUCCACGGACUUCUAUGGCUAUGGGUCGAUUUUCUUUCGCUUCAUCAGAUUUAAGGACUUCUAUGCAAACUACACAUUUUGAUGAAUUUGUCGAUGAGUCAUUGGUUUUGGAUGAUGCUGCUGUAUUUGAGCGUUGUUUUCAACAUACUAAUGAUUUUGCUGGUGAAGGACUUCGAACUCUGUUGUUUGGUUAUAGAUUCUUGGAAGAACAAGAAUAUACCGCAUGGAAGAAGAUAUAUUUGGACGCCACAACGAGUCUAAUAGAUCGUCAAAGCAUGAUUGAGAAUGCAGGGGAGAUGAUAGAACAAGACUUUGAUCUUUCAGGUGCUACAGCAAUAGAAGAUAAACUUCAAAAUGGUGUACCGGAAACAGUGGAUAAGUUGAGGAGAGCAAAUAUUAAGAUUUGGAUGCUCACUGGUGAUAAGAGGGAGACGGCUAUUAAUAUUGCGCAUUCUGCUAGGAUUGCUAAAAGUUACUCGGAGAUCAUUAUCUUGGAUUGGACUACAGGUAAGGUUGAGCAAUGUAUGGCUACUACAUUGGUUGAUAUCAAUAACGGAAAUGUCGCCCACUCGGUUAUUGUCGUGGAUGGACAAACCCUUUCGGAAAUCGAUGCAAAUCAAACACUAUCUCUGUUAUUUUUCGAUCUUGUUGUUCAAGCCGAUUCAGUUAUUUGUUGUCGAGCAAGUCCUAGUCAAAAAGCAUCUCUGGUGAAGAAGAUUCGAACAAAGGUUAAUAAAUCUAUUACCUUGGCUAUUGGUGAUGGUGCAAAUGAUAUUGCCAUGAUUCAAGAAGCUCAUGUGGGAAUUGGUAUUAGUGGAAAAGAAGGUCUUCAAGCAGCUCGGAUAUCUGAUUACUCAAUCGCUCAAUUCCGGUUUCUACAGCGAUUAUUGUUCGUUCACGGUCAUUGGAAUUACAUUAGAACAGGAAAAUAUAUCCUCGGAACUUUCUGGAAAGAAUUUCUUUUCUACAUGAUCCAAGCUGUUUAUCAAAAAUGGAAUGGAUAUUCCGGAACUUCACUUUUCGAAUCAGCAUCUCUUACCGUCUUUAAUACGCUUUUCACAUCUCUUUGUGUUAUUUUUCUCGGGGUCUUUGAUCAAGAUCUUUCGGCUACAACUCUUCUCGCUGUUCCAGAAUUGUAUACUUAUGGACAACGUGAUGAAGGAUUUAAUUUGAAGAAAUAUUUUGGUUGGACUUUCAUGGCUGCGAGUGAAAUGAUUAUGAUUUGGUUUUUGGCUUAUGGUCUUUUUGGAGAAUCAAGGUUUACGAAUGAUAAUACGUUGUAUUCUUUGGGGGAUCUUUGUUUUACGGCGGCCGUGGUGAUUAUUGUUUCGAAACUUCUGUAAGUACUUUGUUUUUGGAAUUUGUUUGUAUUUUUAGGAUUGCGGUCUAGAUGGAGGUUUAAUGUUUGAAUUGGUGUGGUUUUGAGCAUUUAUUGAUGAUCCGAGUGGAUUGGAUGUUCUCAAGGUGUCAAUACAUUGAAUGAGUUCAAUGAUCACUAUUCUUCAUUUUGAACUUCAAUACAAACUACCAAACCCCCCGCCCUAUCAUUCCAUCCCAAUUCUACUCCCACAAAAAACCUAACACAACCCCCAGUAUCCUCGAAAUGCACACCAAAACCUACAUAACGGCCAUCGGUUUCAUCCUCAGCAUAGGAGGUUGGUUCCUCUGGAAUCUCCUCCUCUCUUCUCUCUACAGUCCCAAAGCCCUAACCUAUAAUGUUCGCGACGGAUUCAUAUAUCAUUUUGGAAGAAAUGCUCUUUGGUGGUGUACACUUAUUAUUAUUUUAGCGGCGGUUUUCUUACUCGAAAUGGGUGUUAGUAGUGUGAGGAGAACUUUUUGGGGGAGUGAUAUAGAGGUUUGGCAGGGGUUGGAGAGGGAUAGAAUGGUGAGAGUUAGGUUGGAGAGGGCGGUUAGGGAGGGUAGUGGGAGUAGUGGGGAUGGAGAGGGAGGGAUGGGGAUGGGAAGGGGGUUUGGGGAUGAGUUGGAGGUGGAGGAGGUGGAUGAGGGGAGAGGGGAAUGGAAUUGGGGAGACCGAGGGCAUGGCAUGGCAUGGACAGGAAAGGGAGGGAAAGAGAAAGAAAGAAAGACCGGUGGGGUGGAGAAUUGAGAAUUGAGAAUGAGAAAGGGAAGUAGGAUGGAUGAUGAGACGGAUCAUGGUCAUAGUCAUGCUCAUGAAAAUACAUCAACGAUUCAAAUCGAUCUACCGGACGGCGGGGCGGGAUUAAAUGGUACGCUUGGGAAUGCUCCUGGGGGUACUGGAAUUGGGACUGGAACAGGAACUGGAAUUGGGAUGACGAGUAAAGGAAACGGAGUAAAGGGGGUCGGAAGAAGACUUUUUAGUUUUAGUUCGCCGCGGUGAUGGGUUAUGCGGUGAUCUGUUAUGGGUUAUGGGUUAUGAUACCUAGGUAGCUAG